CCAAACAAAGGUUAAUUCAAUUGACCCCGAGGUUGUCCUCUGUGUCAUGUCUGUGCAAACAACCUUAACAAACUUGACGGCAAAUUUUCACAAGUCCCACUUCCGGAUUUUCCUCUCCGUUCAAUUUUCUUCUCUCAGACACUGUCAUUUCCAAGAUGAAAAACACUCACAACAGAGCAUUGCCACCAUCGUACACUCUCUCUGUGACUCUCACCGUUUUUCCGAAGCCCACCAACGCCUCUCCCUCUUCCUCGCCUCUGGUUCCCUCCCCGACGAGCGGACCUGCAACGUUCUCCUCGCACGCUUGCUCGCUUCUCGAGCUCCUCACACAACCUGGCCUCUCGUUCAGUUCUUGAUCGCUUCAAAGCCCGGUUUUGUUCCCUCUUUGAUUAAUUAUCAUCGUUUGAUGGAUCAGUUUUGCGGGGUUCAUCGACCCCGCGAUGCUCACAGGUUGUUUUUUGACAUGAAGAAUCGUGGGCAUUGCCCCAAUGUUGUUUCUUUCACCACUUUGAUUAAUGGUUAUUGCUUAGUUGGUGGAAUCAGAGACGCACGCAAGGUGUUUGAAGAAAUGGUUGAGAGUGGUGUGGUGCCGAAUUCGGUGACUUACAGUGUUUUAAUUCGAGGGGUUCUCUGGGAAAGGGAUGUGGAAAGUGGGAAGGAACUUAUGUGCAAGUUGUGGGAGAGGAUGAGUGUGGAAGUGGAUCCUGCUGUGAAGACUGCUGCUUUUGCAAAUUUGGUUGAUUCUUUGUGCAGGGAAGGCUUUUUCAGUGAAGUGUUUAGGAUGGCUGAAGAGUUGCCAUUUGGGAGUAGCUUUUCUGAGGAGGUUGCUUAUGCCCAGAUGAUGGAUUCGCUCUGUAAAGUUGGAAGGUAUAAUGGGGCUGCGAGGAUUGUUUCUGUAAUGAGGAAGAGAGGGUUUGUUCCGAGUGAGGUGUCGUAUAAUUAUAUCAUUCAUGGGCUUAGCAGUGAUGGUGAUUGUAUGAGGGCUUAUCAGUUGUUAGAGGAAGGGGUUGAAUUUGGGUUCAUGGUAUCUGAGCAUACUUAUAAGGUACUGGUGGAAGCUCUUUGCCAGGUGUUGGAUGUGGACAAGGCAAGGGAAGUUUUAAAACUCAUGCUUGGUAAGGAAGGUGUUGAUAAGACUAGGAUUUACAACAUUUUCUUAAGAUCUCUUUGUCUUGUGAACAAUCCAACUGAGCUUUUAAAUGUGCUUGUGUUUAUGCUUGAGAGCCAGUGUCAGGCUGAUGUGAUUACCCUCAACACUGUAAUCAAUGGUUUUUGCAAGAUGGGGAGGAUUGAUGAAGCUCUGAAGGUAUUGAAUGACAUGUUAAUGGGUAAAUUUUCUGCACCUGAUGUUGUGACCUUCACUACUGUGAUUUCUGGUUUGUUGGAUGCAGCAAAAGUCAAUGAAGCACUUGAUCUAUUCCAUAAAGUGAUGCCAGAAAAUGGUAUAAGACCUAGUGUCGUGACAUAUAAUGCACUUCUUCGAGGCCUAUUCAAACUAAGGAGACCAAAUGAUGCACUCGUGACUUUUGAUAAUAUGGUAAAUGAUGGCAUUGCUGCAGAUAACACCACACAUGCAGUUAUGGUGGAAGGUCUUUGUGAAUCUAAUCAAAUAGAUGGGGCAAAGAGUUUUUGGCACAAUGUUAUAUGGCCUUCUGGGGUUCAUGAUAAUUUUGUUUAUGCAGCAAUUCUGAAAGGGCUUUGCCGCUCUGGCAAAUUUAAUGAGGCUUGUCAUUUUUUGUAUGAAUUGGUAGAUUCUGGGGUCUCUCCAAAUAUAUUUAGUUACAACAUUCUGAUCAACUGUGCGUGCAAUCUUGGUUUGAAAAGAGAAGCUUACCAAGUUGUUAGAGAGAUGAAAAAGAAUGGUCUGACUCCUGAUUCUGUGACAUGGAGAAUUCUUGACAAGUUACAUGGAAAAGUAAGGAAGAACACAGGUUCUGAAAAACCAACCCUGUCAACAGUUUAUGAGGGACAUGACAUAAUGAACUAAGUCCAGAUGGAAGCAUAUGGAAUUCGGUUUGUACUUUAAAACAUAAAAUUGUGGUUUGAUUCAAAGGCUUCUACAGGAUAAACUAGGUCUUUGAAGUUUGAACAUCGAAGAGGAGCAUUAAAAUAGGUGGAGCAAUGAUAAUCCUCUGGAAUUA